AUCAAAUCCCCAAUUGAAAACCCUAAUAGCGUUCCUUCAAUCUCGCAUGUUGAGGACGAGAGAAUCUGAAGGAUUCGCCGGAAUCCAUUUCUGAAUCGGGAAACUCCGAUCGCGUUGGAACUGUUUGACGUCCGCCCCACCCAUUCCGGGUCUGUUCCUUCUACCGUUGCUUUCUUUGCCCUUCCUUUUCUCUCUGGAGUUUCUUGCCGCCGUCUGAUAUUCCCAGAGCCAACGUUGAAAGCGGCUACAUCAACCCUCUGUCCACAACCACGCUACCAUCUCGCCCACGCUUCUCUGCAGUGUGUGCAGGGACCCAGUUGUGACUACGAAGGAAGUUGAGGACCGAAAAGAUAGGUGGACAAAAUUUGUGGAUCGAAGCAUAAAUCCAGCCCCUUCAAAUAUGUUGUCGUUUCACUCAAGCACGGGAAACAAUCAGAGGUCAUCUUCAUCCUAGCCCAACUCCACCGUUAAUGCCGUGCGCUGCCAUGGCAAAGUUCUUCACGGCUUAACCCCUUAAUCCGAUGAUCAGCCCAGCCUUAAUCAAAGACGAAGUUUCGCGGAAGGUACCCUAGCCAAGGCUUGUGUGGGAUUCGGGUAUAAAAGGUGGAUGCACUUGUAAGGAGUGGAAUGACUCUCGCCUUUUCUCGUCUGCUAAACCUAAAUUUGGGUGUGUUGCUUUUAUCUUCUUCAAACAAAAUCUACAGUAAAAGAUUGAUGGCGGGUGCCACUGUUCAUCCUCUCCAGCUCCGGCCUUCCACUUCCGAUGCCAUUUAUGUUCAAAAUCACUAAUUUUAGAACAACUCAUAUAAUGAAGACAAAAAAAAAAGGAACGAACCUGAUCAAUUUGUACGAAAACAAAACAACCCAAAACAAUUCAUAAAAACCCAGAUCAAUUGAAGCUGCAAAAAUAUGGUUUCAUGGGUUUGCUUUCCAAUUUAAAAUAAACCUAAGUUUGGCUAGAAGAAUUCAAGAAUAAAGUAAACAAAAAAAAAAAAACAUAAGGCUCUCCCAUUGAGAACCUAUAGCUUGGCUUCUCACUAAUACCGAGCUUGGGUUCAAGAAGAAAACCCAGAUCUGGUUCUCUCGAUGAGAACCCAUCUGGGUAUGUCCAGGUUCUCACCACGACCUAGCCAAGGUUUGGCCAUCAUCAUCUUGCCCAUCGUCAUCCUCACCUUCAAGUAGUAUCGGGAAAGGGUCGUUCGGCGAUGAAGAUUAGAGAUAGGGGAGCAUGAUAAUCGUUGAUGAAGAUCAGAGAUGAGUGAGAACAAUGAUCGGUGAUAAAGGUGAUGAAGAUAAGAGAUGGGUGAGAACGGUUAUCUCGACUCCCAACUCGAAAACUAUAUCCCUGAAAGUCGAUCCCCAAUUCACCACCCUCUCUCUCCUGUAAUCCAUUCAGCAUCAUCCCCAAAUCACAAUGCCUCACUAGCUCUCCUAAACCCCAAUUCGCCUCCUUCCAAUUAUGCUACUGGGCUUGGCCGUGGUGCCACUGGAUUCACAACGCAAUUCGAUAUUGGGCUUGCCCGAUUAUUCACAUCUGACAUUUUGGAUCGAUUUACUAUGGCUGCCUCCGGCCGUGGCAGUGGAAAGCCUGGAGAAGACAAGGAAGAGGAUGAGUUUGACGAUUUUGACGGUAACGAUCUGGGGCUUUUUGUGUCUUCAGAAUAUGAUGAGGAUGACAGGGAUGCGGACGCAAUCUGGGAAGUGGUUGAUAAGAAGAUCGGUGAUUAGAGGAUGAUGGAAGAAAAAGAGAAGAAAGGUUGAGAACGACGAUUGGAGGGCAAAGGGUGCGACAGCCUGGAGAUUAGAUUUAGGGUUUUUGGUGUUCGAUGUGCAUUAGGAGAAGUGAAACGUCUAUUUCGGUGGUCCACUUCUGAGCGAUUUCAAUUUU